CGUCACUCAAACACAGAAGCAGGAAACCAUUUCAACUUGUCAGUUCAGGGAAACAGAAACUGAAGUGUAGUUGAGCUGCUGUGUGUUUGUGUCGCUCUCUGUAUUCAUGCAGUAAAAUGGCAGAAGCCAGAGUUUCUCAGGAUGAGUUCACGUGUUCAGUGUGUCUGGAUCUCCUGAAGGAUCCAGUGACUAUCCACUGUGGACACAGUUACUGUAAGAUCUGUAUUACAGGCUGCUGGGAUCAGGAGGAUCAGGAGAGAGUCUACAGCUGCCCUCAGUGCAGACAGACCUUCAGUCCAAGACCUGCUUUAGCUAAAAACACCAUUCUGGCUGAAGUGGUGGAGAAACUGAAGAAGACUAAACUUCCUGCUGACUGUUACGCUGGAGCUGGAGAUGUGCAGUGUGACGUCUGUACUGGAAGAAAACACAAAGCCGUCAAGUCCUGUCUGGUGUGUCAGGAGUCUUUCUGUCAAACUCAUUUUGACCGUCAUGAGGAAUAUCACUCUCGUAAGCCACACAAAGUGAUCGAUGCCACUGGACGACUGCAGGACAUGAUCUGCCAUAAACAUGAUAAAGAGCUAGAAAUGUACUGUAUCACUGAUCAACAAUGCAUCUGUGUGCGGUGUAAGGAGUAUGAACAUAAAAACCACAACACUGUAUCAACUGCAGCACAGAGGACAGAGAAACAGAAACGGCUGAAGGAGAAGCAGAUGAAGAUCCGUCAGAGGAUCCAGCAGAGAGAGAAAGAUCUUCAGCAGCUGAGAGAGGCUGUGGAGUCUCAUAAGCGCUCUGCACAGACAGCAGUGGAGGACAGUGAGAGGAUCUUCACCGAGCUCAUCCGCUCCAUCGAGAGAAGCCGCUCUGAGGCCACACAGCGGAUCAGAGAUCAGGAAGAGACUGCAGCGAGUCGAGCUGAAGGACGACUGGAGCGACUGGAGCAGGAGAUCAAUGAUCUGAGGAGGAGAGACGCUGAGCUGGAGCAGCUUUCACACACACAGGAUCACAUCCAUUUCCUGCAGAGUUUCCAGUCUCUCUCAGCUCCUCCUGAAUCUACAGACGUAAAUGACGAUCCCUUCAGUUCUCUCUCCUCUUUUGAUGGAGUGAGAGAAUCUGUCCGUCAGCUGAGAGACAAAUUGGAGGAUUUCUGUAAAGAGGAGCUGAAGAAGAUCUCUGACAGAGUCACAUUCACCAACAUGAAUCCCAAGACCAGGAACGACUUCCUACAGUAUUCCCAUCGGAUCACUCUGGAUCUGAACACAGUGAAUAAACACCUCCGUCUGUCUGAGGAGAACACAGUGAUUACUGUCACUGACACACCACAGUCGUAUCCUGAUCAUCCAGACAGAUUUGAUUAUCCUCAGGUGUUGUGUAGAGAGAGUGUGUGUGAUCGACGCUGUUACUGGGAGAUUGAGUGGAGUGGAUAUAUGUAUAUAUCAGUGUCAUAUAAGAGCAUCACCAGGAAGGGAUGGGGUGAUGAGUGUGUGUUUGGAUAUAAUGAUCAGUCCUGGAGUUUGAUCUGCUCUUCCUCCAGAUACUCAUUCAUACACAAUAACAUACAGACUGAUCUCCCUGUAAAGCCCAUCAUCAUCAGAACAGUGAAUGAGGAGAAUCACUAUAGAGUAGGAGUGUAUGUGGAUCACAGUGCAGGAACUCUGUCCUUCUACAGCGUCUCUGGAGACACAAUGAUCCUCAUCCACACAGUCCAGACCACAUUCACUCAACCACUCUAUCCUGGGUUUAAUGUUGAUUAUUAUGGAUCAGUGAAACUGUGUUGAUGAAUCAGAACAGAGAGACUCUACCCAUAAUGCUUUGAGCUGAUGAUGAAUCAGUGACAGUGAGAUGUUAUAGAGUCUCUUAUUUUCUCUUCAUUACAUUAAUACUACAGCUGAACGUUUGCAGUUGAAAUAGACAGGAAGAACACUGUGUGUGUGUGUGUGUGUGUGUGUGUGUGUGCUAUAUUGUAUGUACUGAAAACAGACUCUCUACCUUUACUGCUACUCAAUAUACGAUGUUUUGCUGGAAGACAUCAUGGACUAUGGGCCUCUGAAGACUUCUGUGAGAAACGAGCAAAAUCAAUUUCAAUUUUAGAUCAGCUAAGGAGGCUUUAGGCAAGACACGGUUCAUUUAAAUACAGUUGAUUCAAUGUGUUAUUUGCAAGAUAUGCACCAAUAAACAUUUUGAGAUCAUGCA